GGGUCAUUAUAGCGCCUGUGUGUCCAUGUGUGUGUCUAACAGUCAUCAUGGAGACUCCAGUCAGCCUGCUGCUCCUGUGCUUGUGCCUGGCCACAGUCCUCGGACAGCAAGCUUUCUUUAUCGCAGCUCCCAGUGUGGUCCAUGUCGGGGUGGAUGAGUGGAUUGGGGUGCAGGUUAGCUCUCCCAAGACUUCCGUCCAGCUCUACUUCGAAGAUGAGAUCACAAAGACCCAGUGUUCCCAGACUGUGAACGUGGAAGUGGGCGGUGAGGAUAACGUCCAGACCCGUGUCGCACUGAAGAUAGACGCAGAAAGAGUGAGAGAUCUGGCGGUGUACAAGGAAAAGGUUCCGUAUCUCUUGCUUGUGGCUGAAAUGAACAAUCAGAGAAAAAUGGUGAGAGUUCUCCUGUCAAAGAAAAUGGGCUACAUCUUCAUUCAAACCAAUCAACCCAUCUAUACUCCCAGUCAGAAAGUUCAAUUCAGAGUCUUCACUUUGGACCAUGCAAUGAAACCAACAGAGAAAUCAGUUUCUUUAUCUGUGUUUAAUUCUUUGGGUAACCGUGUUUUCCAUCAGGAUAUGAGGUCUGUGGCUGGUGUUGUCAGUCAGCAGGUGGUGAUACCAGAUGUGACAGAGCCAGGGACCUGGAAGAUUGUAGCUCACUACCAAGAUGGACAAGAGACAGCAGAGUCUCAUCACUUUGAAGUGAGGAAGUUUGUGCUGCCCAGUUUUGACAUUCAGAUCCGGCCUCAGACAAUGUAUUACCACGUGAAGGAAGAGGAGUUCAGCUUCAUGAUACACGUCACCUACACGUAUGGAGAGACGGUCACAGGCUCAGCUCACGCCCGCUUUGGCAUCAUCGACGAAACCGGAAAGACCACCUUUAUAAAAGGACUGGAGCAGAACCAGCAAGUGAUUGAUGGAGACGCAAAGUUUAAAAUCUCCAGCAGAGACCUGACAGCCAAACUGAACAAGAACAUGGGCGAUCUGGUAGACUUCAGACUGUACAUCGCAAUGACUGUCAUUGAAACAUCCAGUGGUGAGUUGCAGGAGGCUGAUCUGAAGAGCGUGGUGUUUGUGGACUCUCACCUCAGAGUGGACUUGACAAAAACCAAGAAGUUCCUCACGCCUGGAGUUCCGGUCAGAGUGUGGGUGUCUGUCACUUUCCCUGAUGGGACCCCAGCGUCAGAUAAGCUUGUUGCAGUCAGUGUCUCAGAAUCAGGACAGAAUGCACAGAGUGAGAAAUUCAAAACCAACCAAGAGGGAACAGGCGUAGUGGAAAUCAACGUGCCUGGCACUGUCUCCAUGCUGAACAUCAAGGCGAGUGUCUCUGACAAAGGCGAGACCAGUCAAGCUCAGAUGCAGGCCAAACUUUAUAAUUCCCAGACGAAGAGCUACCUGUCUAUCAGGGUGCAGAGUGCAGUGAUUCAGCCAGGAGGAGGGCUCAAAAUUGGUUUCAAAGCAAUAUCUAACCAGCUUCCCAACUUCGGCUUCUUCUACUACAUGCUGGUCAGCAGGGGACAGAUCGUUCGGCUGGGUAAACUCCGGCUCUCACAUUUAGCUGAGACCAGUGAGACGGUGACCCCUGACCUCAUUCCCUCGUUCCGGAUCGUUGGGUUUUACUUCACAGCCAAUCAGGAGCUGGUGGCAGACUCUGUGUGGGUGGAUGUGCAGGACACCUGCGAAGGGAUGCUGGAGGUGAAGCUGGAUCGUCCCAAGUACUCCCCCGGCCAAACGAUGAAGGUGACCCUGCAAACAGGAGCAGACACCCCGAGAGUGGCCUUGCUGGCCGUGGACACUGCCAUGUACGCACUCAACAGGGACAGCAGAUUCACCUCCAGAAAGGUUUUCGCAGCUAUGAACUCCUAUGACAUUGGCUGUUCGUUUGGGGGCGGGGCCAACAACGUGGGCGUGUUCAACGAUGCAGGGCUCAGCUUUAUAAGCAAUGAGGUCGUUUCUGAGAUGAGAACAGGUUUUGGUUGUGACACUGGCUUUAGAAGACAGACCCGAUCGCUGGACAUACAGGCUAAGAUUGUGUCCAAAGUCAAUGAGUACACUGAUGACAAUCUGAAACGUUGCUGUAAGGACGGCUUCACACUACUCCCCAUGAAGAUCACAUGUGAGCAGAGAGCCAAUCGUGUGAGGAGGAGGCGGAGCCAGGAGUGCAGUCAGGUGUUUCUGGAAUGCUGCCUCAAGGGAGCGGAGCUCAGGAAGAGACAAAAGCAAAACCAGCAGCGGCUGAAAGGCGUGGCUCGCACCAUUGUGGACGAAGAAGAGGAUUUCUUAGAUGAAAAUUACUCCUCUCCUCGUCAAUUUUUCCCUCACAGCUGGUUGUGGGACAUUGUGGACACGACCAAGGGCAAAGUGAUUUCCAAGCCUCUCCCGGACUCCAUCACCACCUGGGAGAUCCAAGCCAUCAGCCUCUCUCAAGCAAAAGGUUUUUGUGUUGCUGAUCCAAGUACAGUCACUGUGUUUAAGGAAGUCUUUGUGUCUCUGCACCUCCCCUACUCUGUCAAGAGGUUUGAGCAGCUGGAAGUGAGAGCCGUCAUCUACAACUACAUGGAUGAGCCAAGAGAGAUGUCGGUUCACCUGCGUGCGGAGGAGGGUCUGUGUGCCCCUGCUAUAGACUCCCUAGGCCGGCUCCUCCAUGUGACGGUGCCAAAGCACUCCUCCCUGCCGGUGUACUUCUCUGUGGUUCCCAUGAAGCUGGGGGAGAUCCCGGUGAGCGUGCGGCUCUUUGAUAAGGAGUACAGCAUGGGAGUGGACUCCAUCAUCAAACUCCUGCGAGUUGUGGCAGAGGGAGUGGAGAUGAGAAUGGAGGAGACUCACAACAUCAACCUAGCAGAUAGAAAGCUGAAAUCGUUCACUUUUGAUGGGUCGCACCCAUCAAACACUGUGCCCGACUCGCAGACCAGCAUCUUCAUGAGAGUAAACGGCCAGGUGUUCAAUAAGGAGCGUGUGGAGAACCUCAUCUCCCCCGAGGGGAUCAGGAAUCUCAUCAGGAUGCCCACUGGCUGCGGAGAGCAGACCAUGAUCUCCAUGGCACCGGCCACAUACUCCACUCGAUACCUCGACCACAGCAAGCAGUGGAAAGAGCUGCCAGCUGGGCUGCGAGACCAGGCACUGGAGUUCAUCAAAGCGGGUUACACCCGGAUCCUGACCUAUAAGAAGAAGGAUGGCUCUUACGGUGCUUGGAUUCACUAUGACAGCAGUACCUGGCUCACAGCGUUCGUGUUGAAAACCCUCUCUCAGGUUCGCUCGUACAUAGAUGUCCAGAAUGAGGAGAUUGAAGACCCCGCCUCCUACCUGCUCACACAGCAGCUCCACAACGGAGAAUUUCAAGACCCCAAGCCAGUCAUCCACAGAGAGAUGCAGGGUGGUGUUGGUGGAGUGGACAGUAGGAUCUCUCUCACUGCGUUUGUCACUAUCGCUCUGCAUCACUCUCUAGCAGCUCAAACAGGAGAGAAGCUGCAGCGUGUUAAAGCUGCUAUUGAUAAAUCCACAGAGUACCUCCAGGACAAAAUUAUGACAUCAGUAAAGAGACCCUACUCCCUGGCCAUCUCUGUCUAUGCUCUGGCCCUCACCAAGCCAGGCAGCAGCGCUGCACACCAGGCACUCGAAGUGCUCAAGAACCAGGCCAUAGAGAGCCAGGGUGUGGUGUUCUGGGAGGCUGACUCUGACUUGAGGCUGAAGGGGGAGGACAAGGCGCACAGCGUCCCUCAGGCCCAGGCUAUCACCGUGGAGACGACAGCGUAUGGGCUGCUGGCCGCGCUGGCCAACAAAGAUAAGGAGCUGGCAGAGUCUGUGUACCUCUGGCUGUCAGAGCAGCAGAACUACGGAGGGGGUUUCCGAUCCACACAGGACACUGUGGUGGCUCUGGAGGCUCUGUCUGAGUUUGAGAUCCUGAAGAAACCAGAGACCCCCCCACCAAAACUGGAGAUCAAACUGAGCUCCCCAGGGAAGAAUCUAAACCAGAGAGUCAGCCUGGAAACCAACGUCAUUGGAGUGGAGGAGGACCUGAGGCGGUUUGUAGGGAGCAAGAUCAACAUCGAUGUGGGCGGAAGUGGCAAGGGCAGUCUCACAGUUCUGAAGAUUUACAACUCCAUGGAGCCCAAGACGAGCUGCAAUGACCUGAAGAUCGAGGUCACCGUUACAGGGAAAGUGAAAUAUACAUCUAUCGUUCUUGAUUACUAUGACUAUGAGGAUGGAGAGAACCCCCCCCAGUCCGAUCAGGCCAUGUCAGAGCUGGACUGGUUUGAUGCACGGAGCCGCAGGAAGAGGGACGCCACAGGCCACAAGUCCAGCAAGAAGAGCGUGGUCAACUACCAAGUGUGCAUCUGGCACAGUUCUGCAGCUAAUCUCUCUGGGAUGGCGAUCGCUGAUAUCACUAUGCUGAGCGGGUUUGAAGCCGACACAGAGGAUCUAGACAAGUUGAAGGGUUUGGCCGAUCAGUACAUCAACCACUACGAAAGCACUGAGGGGAGACUACUGCUCUACUUCGAUGGGAUUCCUCCAGAGCAGGAAUGCAUUGAAUUUGGAGCCAAACAGAUCAUUCCUAUUGGACUGGUCCAGCCGGCCACUGCCACUUUGUAUGACUACUAUGAACCAGACAGGAAGUGCACCACGUUCUACAACGCUCCCGGCCGCGGAUCCUUUGUGUCGACGCUGUGUUCCGGUGAGGUGUGCCAGUGCGCAGAGAAGCCCUGUCACAAGCAGCAGGAGACCUACAGCAAGACGCUCACGAAAGACCUGCGAAUGAGUCAUGCCUGCUUUGAUCCAAUAGUGCAUUACGGCUACACAGUCGAGGUCAUCAGCAUUGUAGAACAGAACAACUUCCAGGUGUACAAGUGCACAAUCACCAGGACCCUCCAAUACAACAAGGAUGAGCUUGUGGCUCCCGGUUCCAUCCGGUUCUUCCUGAAGCGACGGCAGUGCAAAGGCAGCCUGAGUCUGGGCCAUCAGUACCUCAUCAUGGGCAACGACGGCAAGACAACCGACCAGCAGGGACAUAUUCAGUAUCUGUUGGACUCCAGCACCUGGAUUGAAGAGAUGCCGAAUGAGGACAAAUGCAAAGGCAUUGCCUACAGGAGAUACUGCAAGGGCCUGACUGACUUCCUGGAUGAAUACGAGAGCAGCGGCUGCACUGUCUAAUCAGCGCUCAACCCGCUGGACAGCACUCAGGCCAUUAGAAAGGGUUAGCAGCACUGGCUGUCUGUAGAGGCCAAUCUAAUCAAUCAACAUUGAUUAAUAAUAUAUCUUUACUCACCAUGUGUGCACCAAUAAAAUGUCCAUUCCA